GCGAGACCUUUCUUCCGCUUUUUCUCGUCAUAAAACGCAGAUAUUUUCGACUACUUCUUCUCGCGCUCCAUACACUCCCCAGAUCCACCACAAACCUUCCAUUUUCCUCGUUCUCUCUCCUCUCGAGAGGGGACUAAAGUUCAUAAACAAACCCAAAGCUGAACUGUAACCCCGGGAAUCUCCUAUUCUCUCUGAUGGCUUUUCCCGAGAACGCACGCCAGUCGCUCAUCCCGAGCUUCCUAUACUCGUCGACGUCGGGAUCGAAGAGAAUUGCCGGUUUGGAAUCCUUUGCGAAUGCGAGUCAUGGAUCACAUCAAUCGCCGUAUUUUUCAUCGUCAAGGGCCGGUAGUGUUGGUGAGGCCAGCAACUUCGUUAUUCCGGCACCAAAUGAGAAAAUCGAGAUGUACUCUCCUAGUUUCUACGCUGCGUGUACUGCUGGAGGGAUCUUGAGCUGUGGCCUCACUCACAUGACCGUCACUCCUCUCGAUCUCGUCAAGUGUAAUAUGCAGAUUGACCCAGCAAAGUACAAGAGCAUCACAUCAGGAUUUGGAGUCUUGCUCAAGGAGCAGGGAGUUAAAGGUUUCUUUAGGGGUUGGGUGCCCACGUUGCUUGGCUACAGUGCUCAGGGUGCCUGCAAAUUUGGAUUCUAUGAGUUCUUCAAGAAGUACUACUCAGACCUUGCUGGGCCCGAGAAUGCUGCCAAGUACAAGACACUGAUAUAUCUUGCAGGUUCAGCAUCUGCUGAACUGAUUGCAGAUGUUGCCCUUUGCCCGAUGGAGGCAGUCAAGGUUCGUGUCCAAACUCAGCCUGGUUUUGCCCGCGGUUUGAGUGAUGGCUUGCCUAAGUUUAUCAAGUCUGAAGGUGCUCUAGGGUUGUAUAAGGGGAUUGUUCCUCUUUGGGGCCGUCAAAUUCCAUAUACAAUGAUGAAGUUUGCAUCUUUUGAGACUAUUGUGGAGAUGAUUUAUAAGCAUGCUAUCCCUACCCCAAAAGAUCAGUGCACUAAGGGUCUUCAGCUUGGAGUGAGUUUUGCCGGUGGAUAUGUUGCUGGAGUAUUGUGUGCUAUUGUCUCACACCCUGCUGAUAAUCUUGUGUCUUUCCUCAACAAUGCCAAAGGGGCAACUGUUGGUGAUGCUGUGAAGAAGCUUGGGUUGUGGGGUCUUUUUACUCGUGGCCUUCCUCUUCGUAUUGUUAUGAUUGGAACCCUUACUGGAGCCCAAUGGGGUAUCUAUGAUGCCUUCAAAGUCUUUGUUGGGCUGCCAACCACUGGUGGCGUCACUCCGGCUCCUGCUGUUGCGAAGGCAUAAGCUUUGAGAUGGGCAGAUAUGAACAGAAUAUUAUUUCUCUGCAAACUCCCACUCUUUUGAUAGAUUAAUAACGGCAGGCUAGCUGAUGCUUGCUACUGGUGCAUGCAUUAUACUGUUUUGAGCUCAUUUUUUAUUUCCAUCGUUCUUCUUUUGUCGUUCUACAUAGAUUUUUUGGAGGAUGGUUUUGAUUUCAUCCUCUCUUAUUUCAGACUAUGAAAUGAGGAAGUUAUCCUUGAUAUAAUUAGUUACCAUAGUUGAUCUUGCU